UGUAUUCCAAAAUUUAAAAUUUUCUAGAUUGGACAACCGAGUGUGUUGUGAAGAGAUGCCCUUUGACGACUUUGUCAACUUGAAGGAGCAUGUUACUCUCGUUUUGUUGAAAGCAUUCCUCAAGGACCUGGCAAAAUGCCCUCUUGAAUCUAGGGAUGCGCUUCUGAGUAGAAUAAGGGUGGAUUUACUAAAAGUUGUUUCAAGUCCUUGCUUUGGCUAUUUUUCAAAGCUUUUCGAUGUUUUGGUGCAGGAGGCAGACUGGCAACUCCUUUGCUGCCUAAUAAAUUUGUUAGAUUGGUUACCAAUUGGAAAGAAAAAGUUGGUUUCUUCUGUUGAAUUAUAUCAAAACCUGAAGAAACUUGGAGAAGCUAGUUUUCCUUGGAAGGUUUCUUGUAAAGUUGAGAAAGAUCUUUUGCUCUCGAAAUGUUGCGCACGAAGAAUUCACGAAAAGUGGAAGUAUCUGUUGAACCCUAUGCGAGGAAAUUUCGUAAGACGUGAGAAGAAUAAAAUUAUGAAGAAUAAGGUUACCCAAGCCAUUUCCAAGCACAGAGAGGAUUAUGGAGUUGAUAUAUCUAUUGCGAGAUCAAGGCCUUCGUUAGGUUCUGUUGAGCGUUAUUCAACACCAAAAAAGAAAAAGAAAGCAAGAAGAGUCAGUUUUCCUCCUGAUGAGAAGCUAGUAUCGAUAAGAUAUAUUGAUGCUUUCGGUGCGAAGGAACCAUUAUGCGAAGCAAAUCUUUCGAAUGGCACUGCAGAACUUUUCAAAGUAAAAUUGAUUGAUACUGACAAUGGUUGGAGUGAUAGUUCUGAAAUUGCUUGGUUUCCUCCUUAUCCAUUGUACGCUGAAGCAAGUUGGAGACAGCCGUAUAUUCAUACUGUGUUUUGUGCUGAUCGUGAUACUAUGUUUCCCGAAACAAGAGAUGAACUACAUCUGAAAAGACUAGAAAAUUUUUAUUUAAAGGACUUUCAAGAUGGUCUUUGUAUCGAGAUACCUCUAGUCAAUGUGAACCAUUGACUGGAUCCUUUGUAAAAGGAACAAGCAAUGUUGAAGUCAUAGAAUUACUAAAAGAGUGUCUGGAAAUCUCCACCGUAUCGUUAUGUCACUUUGAAAAGUUUCAUUGACUUAAACGAGUAGUAUCAAGAUUCAUUUGAAAAUGAUUGUAGUAGAAUUUUUCACCAUAUGUGAAUAACUACAAAGAAUGUUCAGUUUAAGCUUCUUGAGAAGCGAAAGCUUGCUGAAUAUUAUGAGAUAUUCACUCAGUUGAAAUCAUAAAGCUCGAAAAGAUUUA